AUUGGAGUUUUAUUGUACUUUUUGGAUUUUACAAUGUUACUGUACUUUUGGUGAGUGUUUUUUGAAUUAUAUUUUACUACUAAUUGCUGACUGGUUUAUGCCGCACGAUGGACGUGCCAGGUCCAUCGGCGAGCAGUUCUCCGACUCUAGUGGAGUCUCUAGGUGCUAGUAGAAAAAUCUAUAGCCCUUGUGAUGAGACUGCCAUUGAAGACCAUGGACAGUCAAUUACGGCUGACUUGGAUUCAUCUGAUUAUGAGGAAGUAGAGACGACAGGAGCUGAGGUGGAUUAUGAAAGAAUAAGGAAGUAUGAAGCGGUUCGUUCAGUGAGAAUAGUGAUGAAACAACGUGUUCCAGUGGAAAUACUUAUUAAAGCUAUUCAGGAAAAGCUUGGAGGAAAAGAAUGUGUUCAACAAGUAUGUUAUCAUCCCAGAUUUGUGGUAGAAGUUGGUUUGUCAUCUGUUCAAGACAAAGAAAGGUUGGUGGGUCAGGUGAUUAACAUUGGAGGUGAGCAAUUUGAUAUUCUUAGUCGUGAGUCUAAUUUAAUAACUGUUACAAUGCGCUAUGUUCCAUUUGAGGCAGAUGAAGAAUUAAUAAGCUCUGUAAUGAAACAAUAUGGUAAAGUGAUUAACAUACUGGCAAAUUACUAUCAUAAUACAAGGGUUAAGACUGGUAGUUUUCGGGUGGUUAUGCUAACAAGACAGAAAAUUCCUAAUUAUAUUGAAAUUCUGGGACAAUUUGUUCCAUUGUUUUAUGUUGGUUUAAAGAAGGAAUGUAGAAGAUGUGGGAACCCUGACCAUGAGAUUCGUAAUUGCAGUGUAAAAGCGUGUUUUAGGUGUCAUAGUGUUAAUCACUUAAUCUCUAAUUGUCCAGUUUGUUAUAAUUGUCAUCAAAUGCAUAAAAAUGACGAGAAAUGUCCUAUUGUGUCUUAUGCAGAGAUUAUAAAGAAAGGCCCUAGAAAGCAUAGUUUAGAACGUAAACGGGCUAGAAGUUUGGAGAAAAAGUAUGAGAAAUUUGUAAGAAAUAAUAAGGAUAGUGAAGGUGAAAGGCAAAGUGGUGUAGAAGUGACUGACGAGGAAACGCAAAGUGUUGUUGAGGUGAAUAAUGAGGAAAGACAAAGUAAUGUAGAGCUGUUGGAAGAUGAUAAUAAACAGCAGGAAAUGGAGAUAGAUAUACAGCAGAGGAAAGGAAAAAAAGAAAAAAGUAGUGGUAAACGGAAAAUAGGUGGAAUAGAGGAUGGUAGUGUUAAAAAGAUAGUAACUGAGAUAGAAGGACAGAAUCUUCUGGAGGAAACUGUUUUGGAGUGCUCUAAUCCGACUCCAUAUUUGAAAAAUGUGGCAGGGACAACAGUGGUAAUGAGAAAAAAGAGUAGAACACAAAAAAAGAAUAAUGAUGGCUAAGCAGAUAUUAAACGUUAGAUCAAUAAAUAUUACGGGAUUCAGAGGAAUAGAUAAGCGAAUUACUAUAUUGAACAUGGUGUCAACUCAGAAUAUAGACAUUUUGGCAAUACGAGAUACAAAUAUUAGAAAUUUUGACGAUUUACGUGAUCUCAGGAGAAUAUUUGUAAAAUAUAAUAUAUAUGUUUCCUUCUCGAGUAUGCAUAGUACUGGUGUCAUUGUUAUGAUCAAGAAAUGGAUUAAGAUACAGGACUUUCGAUCAGACUCUGAAGGACGAAUAAUAGCAGUGGAUAUAGCUAUAGGAAACAGAUUGUUGCGUGUUAUUAGUUUCUAUGCUUCGCCUCAUUUGGCAAAACGGAAGGAAAAUCUUAAACUUUUGGCAAAUUUUUUAGCAGUAAGUAGGGAGGUCAUUUUGAUGGGAGACUUUAAUAACGUCUUAACAGUUCUUGAUAAGAACAGACCUCUACAUUAUGAUGGUUCCCGUAAAAUUUUAGUUAAAAUGAUUAGUGAUUUUAAUUUAAUUGAUGGUUAUCGAAGUGUUUAUUUAAUUGAUUCUGGAUUUACUUGGGAAGGCGGAGGUGUUCUGGAAAGAUUAGAUCGCAUUUAUAUGACAAAAAGUGUUGGGUUGAUUAAAAAUAUUGUUACUUACGAAUUACGAAAUAAAGGUGUUAAAUUGUCGGAUCACAAAAUGAUAGAAAUGGAGUUGGAGUUAGGAAAGCAUAUUGAUAGAAAACGUACUGUUCGGCUAACUAAAGAUAUUCUACAGGACGAGUCCUUUCAGUUAAACAUUGGUAAAUUAAUAGAUACGAUGGAAGAAGAAAUUACUUUUGAUAAAUGGCUUAUUGUUAAAAGCAGGAUAAACGAUGAAGUAGUUAAAACCUGGAAAAAGAAGAAAAGAGAUAGGUUUGAUAAAUUAAAGGUACUACAAAGGAAACUGAGUCACUGUAUAAUUAAGAACAAAGUGGAAGAUAUAAAACGAUUACAGAAAGAAAUAAGUACUGAGAU